AUGGUCAGCAAGCUAAACUACUCCAAAUGGGAUAACCUCGAAUUAUCUGAUGAUUCAGAUAUUGAGGUCCAUCCAAAUGUCGAUAAGCGCUCUUUUAUUCGAUGGAAACAACGCGAUAUACAUGAAAAGCGCGAAAUGCGUAAAAUUCAACGAUCGCAUUAUGAAGCUGAACAUCGCACAAAUGUCGCUGUCGCUCCUAUUUUAGAAGAACUGUGCAAAGCGACAGAGAAGGAAGGAUCAAAAUUUUACUCUCGUGAAGUGUCGCGUCUAUCUGCAGGAAGGCAAGAACGCGGCAACAAGGAUGGUCCUGAUGGCCCAACCCUCGACGACAUCGUCCUAUCCUUAUUGCUCCAAAUCAAUGAAGAGGAAGACGUCGCGAAGGCUCGUGAAACACCGCAAUUAGAUCAGGCACUUGCAAAUGCGCUUAAAACUCAUAUAUACAAACUAGCUACACGCACUAAAGAGCUUGAAACUCUGUUGAAAGAAAUGGAUGAUGAAGACCGAAGAAAAAUAACCAGUGAGAGUCUUCGUGACGGCUGGAACAGCAGCCAUGUCACCAAGUCUGACGAUCUUCCUCCCCAAACACAGCAGAAACCGUCGGGGAAAACGAAAGUCCAGCAUGUCGAAACGCUCAACCCGGGUGCGUCUUCUGUUUCUCAGGUGGCCACAGCAAAUGACUCUGAAGAAGAGGAAGAAGACAGCCCUUCUAUUACACCGGUGAUGAAAGCAUUUGCAAGUCUUCCGUCGGCUUUGAAGUCAGUUCCGAUAUCAAUGGAAAAAUUCCCUCCUGGCUUUAAUCCAGCAACACAGCUCAAUCUAAAUGCUUUUGAGAAGAUGUUUGAUUUUCUAAGUGCGCACAAGGAGCUGCUUCGUUCAGAGUACGGGACAUCUGAUGCUCUUUUAUUACAAGCAUUUGAAUCGCAAAUGGCAGGUCAGAAAUCACUUGCGCGCAUGUGUACCGAAAAGGCCCUUUUGGUUCAAUAUUGCAACCAACUGGGAAAGGAUGGAGUCAAUCUGUUUUUCCAGAGGAUGAUGCAAACUGAUGGUCGCGCGGCAGUCGUCUUCUUGAAUGACGUCUUGUCAACUUACACUCGCAUCUCCUCUCGAGCAGAUGUCAUGAAAGAGAAGUAUAAGGACGAAGGCGAAGGCGUAGAGCAAAUCCAGCUGAUGGCUGAAGAUCCCAACACUGUAAUUUCCUUUCAAAUUCCAGAAGGACCACCUCCAGAAAACAUCAAACUCGAAGGUGAAGGUGCAGAUAAACUAGAUCCAUCACAAGUUCAUGAAUGGCUUCAGCGUCGCUGGGAUAUUUUUGUUGGGUUUGAUGAAGACUUUCGUCGUGCUCUUGAAACCAAAAAUCUGGACACUGUGAAUCAAGCCUUAGGUCGAAUGCCUGUUGAAAAAGCUGAGAUGGUUGUACAGGAUCUUGAUCGCGCAGGUAUCCUCAACUUUAGUAGCACAGAGAUUCGUGAUGAAACAGGAAAAACUUAG